CAAUAGCAAAGAUGAUGUACUUGUGGGAUGUCUUAGCGGUGCUUCAUUGCAUUGUGUGUCUUGCAAGUGGAGAUAUAUUACGAUUGGAUGCUUGUAACAAGUUUUAUGCUGCGUUUGAUGUAGUUUACGAUAAUUCCUUGCUGACAAAAACAAUAUUCUCAUUGGUUGAGAAUAUCGUUCUUAAUCGAUGUUUAAUCAUAUGCAUGCAAUAUCCAAAAUGUAAAUCAUUCAGCUACAUGUUUUCACAUUCACAAUGCAGAAUACAUCAUUCCACCAGAGCUGAUAAUGGAACUUUUCUACAAAAGAUCGUUGGAUGGACACAUUAUGAAACAAGGGAAAAUGAACCAAAUUUGGGUCGUCUUUGUGAAGUGAGAAAACCAUGUAAAUAUGGAAGAUGUGUGGAUACAUGUGAUGAGAAAGGAUAUAAAUGUGAAUUCAAAGGGGAAUGGACCUUAUUGAAAGACAAUGUCUGUUUUGGAGCAAAGAGUGGCGAAUUUGGAACAUUCGAAAUACAACAAGAUGCGGUUAUGACUGGCAUGAAAUUGGUGCAUGUCGGUGGAGAUGGGGUAAAAUGCGCUAACAACACACCAUUAACAAAGUGGGGAUGUAAUUACGCUAGAGUUUUUAUCCUAGACAAUAUCGGUGUUUUUAUCACAGCCAAUCGAACAAUACUUUAUCCAUCCCGAGAAUACGGAAAAGGAUAUGGCUUUUCCCACAUACCAGGAUACAACGCAAACUCUCCCUACUUGAUUUUCAAUGCAACAAAUCAUACGGUCUAUAAAGGACAAGAAUUACAAUUGUACUAUGCGGAAGAUUAUCAUGAUAGCUUCGCCCACGACAACGACGGUAAAUCUUGUGCUGAUAUUUACGCCAAACUAAUUGACGUGUAAACAAGUUUAAGCUUUAUAAAAUAACAGAAGAAUUUUUUAAGAUCGCCCAACCACAGCACACCUGAGAUAAACCUUAGAUUUUGUCUUGCCUGGCCACGUGAUUAAAAUAUACCACUGUUUUAUUAUCAGAUGGCUUGCUCUUGAACCAACCGUCUUUAGUUCAGCUUUUUUUGAGGAUUGUGCAACUACUUUUAAAAAAAGUUUGUAGUACCAUUUUUUUAGCUAUUUUGUCUGGGAAAGGUGACAUAGUUUUCGCCAUAUAAAUUACUUUAUCCAGAAACUAGCACUUAUAUAAAUUUUAUUGUAAGUAAUGUAAAUAAGUAAUAUAGCUAUGUAAUCUAACUAACUAGCUAUCCCCUUAUAUUGCCUUUUGUUCUAAAAGUAUUUGUUUCAAUGGCUACGUUUUUACAUUUCAGGGGAAUAUUUGAUAAAAAUGUUUUUAACAAUGUAUAAAUUUAAAGAAAUUUUUUUUAACAGUUUGUUAGUUGAGUCUAAUAUUUUAUUCUAGCCAACUUUAUACAAUUUUUUUGUAUUAUCUCGACCAAUCUGAUUUUUUAUUUAAGCUUCCGAUUGGCUACUUAGUAAAAAGGAUAUAUAGUAGUUAGACAGAUUUAUGUUAAUAGCUAGCCAAUCAUGAACAAUACGCCACCAAAUUUCCAACGAGGUUUUAUGUUUUAAUGCAACUCAGCAGCUGCAUAACAAUAACUAUAUCGAUAACCUGUAUUUGUUUGAGCAUUGCUACCUAUUUUCUAAGUAGACUGGGUAAGCACAACUAUUUUUUCCUCACAAAGAAGAAUACGGUAGACCCUUUUGACGCAAGUUCAGUAUACCUUAUCAGUAAAACAAAAGUUGGCAAAAAGUGACUAAAUUUUGGCUAGGUGACUAAUAUUUUUUGCUAACUAAAAUUUUGCCGACUUUUUUAUUAUCGACCAAACUUUUUUCCAACUUUUUUCCCACCACCUUUUUGCCGUUUUUUCUCUCUUGUUGCUAAUCUUUAUCAGUUUUAGGCAAUUAUUCUUUAUUAGUGACUAAAUUCAAAAAUUUAGUUGGCAAAAAGUGACUAAAUUCAAAACUUUGUUUGGCAAAGAGUGACUAAAUUUUGUCCAAAUGACUAAUUUUUUUGCCGACUGUCUUCUUACCGAUAAGGUAUUCAAAAUAUCUCCUUUACAUGCCAAUUUUUUUAAAAAACAUUUAAACAUUAUAAAACAUUGAUAUUCUCUCUACGAGUAAGAAAGAAAAGAUAUUCGUGGAAAAAAACUGGAACAAAGAAAAAAAAUUCCAAAAAAAACAAAUCCUCCUUCGUUAAAGCAUUGGUAACUCCCGUCUAUUAUUUUCGUUUAUACUAAAAAAUACCGUUUAUUAAGCUCUACAAUUUCUCACUGCAUUUUUUCAAAA